AGAAGAAGAUGGCGGCUGUGGAAAGUGAGCGCUGUGUUUGGCGCCGCGGCCACUCGCACACUCAUUAUUAAAGCCUUAUUCGCAUGUUUAGCUUUCGAAUUUCUCACUGUUGCACUUUACAUUAAUGAGAGGAUUGGAGGCUAACGCUACCAAAGAAGCUCAAGAUAAACUAAACAGAUCCAUGUGGUAACUCAUCAGAAUCUUCUGAAAUGGCCUCGCAAACCAAUCAGUUCAAGGGUAAUGAGGGAAUGGACAACAAAGGCCGACCCUGUCAGCAAUGUCCACAUCCAGUGAACGAAUAAAAACAAACUUAAAAGGAUAUUCGUCAUUCAGGAAGAAUAGGAAGCAGGGGAUAGAGUGCAAGAAAAGGAAGAACAGUUGAUGGAAGAAAGGAAAAAAAGAAAAGACGACAAGAAGAAAAAGGAAGCCGCUUUGAAGAAGGCAAUUGAACAAAAAAAUAAAGUGCCAGAACCAACCAAGACCAGUCAAAGCCAGCCUCAGCCUGCCAACCCCAACAGCGGCACUUCCACAACUACCAGCAACAAUAGCAAUGCCAAGCGUGUCCCAGCCAACACUCAGCAGCAAGCCUUGUCUCGUUAUCCACCUCGUGAAGUACCGCCGCGCUUUAGACACCAGGAACAAAAGCAACUGCUGAAAAGAGGCCAGCAACUACCAUCAGCAGUUGGGACCACAACACCAGUACUCACCAAUUUGUCUGGAGGCAGUGCUGUAACUCUACACCCAGUAACCAACGGGCAGCUGCAAUACAGCAGCAAAACUCAGACAGGCAUGCCUCCCAUUCGGGAUUUGGUCAGCCACUCCCCUAACCAGUCAGAUUUAAACCACAGUGGUUUGGGAUCGCAUUAUGAAAACUCUCACUGGGGACCUGUCUCUACCAAUGGUGACUCUUCUACAAAUUGGGAUAAAGUUAUUGUAGACGGGUCUGACAAAGAAGCCUGGCCUUCAAUCACUGGCAGUGACCCAGAGUUGGCUUCAGAAUGUAUGGACGUUGACUCUGCUUCAAGCUCUGGGUCAGAGAAGAACCUCAAUAUCAUGGCUUCGGGGAGCACGGAUGAUGAUGGCAACAGAACAGGCAAUGGAAAUGGAUCUUCAAGUCAGUUUGUGGUUGGAAAUGUCGGCAAUAAUGUAGGAAAUGGAAGUAUUAAUGGGCCUUGGGGUGGAUCUCGAGGCCCUUUGUCAAGCACAUGUCAGGGUUCAUCAGAAAAUGUAGAUGGCAAACCAGAAAGUGACCAUGGUAAACUGAAUGCUUGGGGCAGCAUAGGUUCCACAUCAACUGCCAACCUAGGUGGCUGGCCUAUUUUAGAAAACGAUGGAAAUGCUGUGCAUGGACCUAUGCCUGGUAGCAAUUCUGGCAACAAUGUUCAACGUAGCACUGUAGGUCAAAUGCUAAAUAAUCAGAGUGUUAAUAUGGAAUUGUCGAUUCAUGGUUCUUGGGAAGGAAUGCAGGAUAAUGCAGGUGCAGAAGUUAAUGGUACAAGGAACAUUUCAUUCAGUGGACAACCUCAAAACCUUAACACUGAAAUGAAUGGACCAAAUAACACUACUAACCCUUUGACCUCUAGCUUACCAAACUCUACUAGUUCGAUGCAGACAAAUGAACUGCCUAAACUUACAGGGCCUGGGGGAUGGGGUGUACCCUUAGGAAUGAGCACAGUAAACCCAUCUCAGCUUCAGGCCACUUCAAUUACAAAUGGCACUUCCGUUUCUAAACCAGGCAAUGGAGGAAUUAGCGAAGGAAUGAACAGUGGGUCUAAUGGUACGACUUGGGGUACAUCUGGCACUAACUACCCUGGAGAAAAAUGUCCAGGCUCAAACAGCAAUUUGGGACAAACUUGUGGUGACACUGUGAAUGCAACUCUAGCACAAUCUGCUGUCAAUGGAUCUGGGAGUACUGCCUACAGAAGUAAUGGUGGAAGCAAUAGAGGUGGAGUUGCUUGGGAAUCUGGUGUGGUCAACACCCAUAAUAUUGCUUGGGGGGCAGGGAACAAUACAGGCUCCGGAGGGGCUAGAAGAGUCUGGGGAAACUCAGCACCAAAUGCAAACACUGGCACUAAUGUCUCAAAUGGGGAAUGGAGCAAACUGCCUAAUAAUCAGCAUUCCAAUAAUGGUCUAAACGGAAAUUGUAACAGGAAGGGAACAAAUGGAUGGAAGAAUCUAGAUGAUGCUCUUUGUGGUCAAAAUCAGAAUACUGUGUGUCAGCCAAAUGAACAGAACAAUGUGUGGGUUAGAACUCCAUCAACGUCUGGUACAGCAGACAGUGAAGGAAGCACAGAGAGCACAGGGAGUCGUCAUGAUAGAAUGAGUGUAGGAAGUGGUGAUGGCACUGGCAGACGUGGUGAAAAAAGGAAACCUGACCAACCUGGAAUGGUCCAAAGUAUUCUGAGUAGAACUGACUUGGAUCCACGUGUCCUUUCCAAUACAGGUUGGGGGCAGACUCCAAUCAAACAAAACACUGCCUGGGAUAUUGAACCUUCAGCAAAGAGUGAGAGAAAAACUGACAAUGGAACAGAAGCUUGGGGAGGUUGUGUUGCUCAAACUUCUAACUCAGGGGGGUGGGGGGAUGGGCCUGGCCCUGUCAGUAAUGAUACCUCAUCAGUAUCUGGAUGGGGCGAUCCAAAGCCUGCUACAGUCUCUUGCAACACAGGAUGGGGAGACACCAAAGGCUCAAGCAGCCAAGGGGGUUGGGAGGAUAAUUCUGCUGCUACAGGGUUGGUUAAGAGUAAUCAAACAUGGGGAGGAAAUAAAGAAGAGAAGUCAGCUACAUGGAAUGAUGCGCAAAAGGUCAAGCAAGGAUGGGUUGAUGGGCAGAAAUCAAACCAAGGUUGGGGAAUUUCUGGAGCUGACGGAUGGGGAGAAAAUUCAAGGAACGGCCAGUGGGGGGAUUCCCAGAAGAGUAGUUCAGCCACUUGGGACAAUGAUGGUGAGAGAUCUGGGUGGAAUGAAUCUGGAAGAUCAAGCACAGGCCGAAGCACUUGGGCAAGUAGCAACAAUUCAAACCCCAACAGUACUUCAGGCUGGGGUGAUCCGGCCAAGGCUGCUCAGUCCCCGGGGUGGGGCGAACCAGCUAAAGCUGCUCAGCCCCAGGGCUGGGGAGAGCCAGCCAAGGCUGCUCAGCCCCAGGGCUGGGGGGAGCCCACCAAACCGAAUAGCUCUGCAGACUGGACUAAGCCGCAGGACAGUAAUGGCUCUUGGGGAGCUGCACCUCCUCCUAAUAAAUCCUCUGGCUCUGGCUGGCUCAAUGGCCCAAUGCCAGCCUCAUCAAAAGAGGAAGAACCUACAGGCUGGGAGGAACCUUCACCAGAGUCUAUUCGCCGCAAAAUGGAAAUCGAUGAUGGCACUGCUGCCUGGGGAGACCCGAGCAAGUAUAACUAUAAGGGUGUGAAUAUGUGGAACAAAAACACACACAGCAGUGGCAACAACUCUGAGCAGCCGGCACAGGUCCAGCCCCCGCCAGCACCGCAGCAGACUCCGCCACAACAGUUGCCACAGCAAAUGCCACCACCAAGUGCCAUGCAAAACAAAGAGAACGGUGGCUCUGGUUGGGGAGACCCUUGCAACGUUCAGACAAACACUGAAUCCACUUGGGGAGAGCCACCAGCUCUAACUGCAACAGUGGACAAUGGAACUGCAGCCUGGGGUCAACCCAUGGAUACAGGAACCAGCUGGAGAGAGCCGGUUAAUGACAAUGCUGGUACCUCUGGAUGGGGUAACACCCCAGCUGCCCCACCACCUCCAAAUCGACCUGUGCCCAAACCUAUGCAAGAUGGCUGGGGUGAUGAGGAAGCAUCGGUGCCAGGAACCCGUCACUCCAGCUGGGAGGAAGAAGAGGGAGAGUCUGUGAUGUGGAACAGCAACAUCUCACAGGAUAGCACCUCCUCUUCAAACUGGACAUCAAAAAAGAUGGCUCAAAAGGGCAUGAUAAAAGGGGGAAACAAACAAGAUGAUAUGUGGAUGAAUCAAUUAAUGAAGCAAUUCUCUAACAUUGGAUUUCCUAGGGAGUCUGCUGAAGAAACCAAGAGCAAUAAGAUGGACAUACCUAUUGGUGUGUUGAGAGAUAAAAGAAUGGAAAUGGACAAGCAUGGCAUGAACAUUGGAGAAUAUAAUGGCAUUAUAGGCAAAGGACAUGCUUCUCGUCCUCUGAUUUCCAAAGAGUCUUCCAUGGAACGCAAUCCUUACUAUGAUAAGCUGUCUUUGUCUCUGUCCAAUCAAGAUGGCAUUAUAGCAGAAGAGCCCCAAAACCUAUCGUACAUGUCCGCACCAAGUGUGAAGCUUCCCCCUUCAAACAGUGCACUACCUAAUCAGGCCUUUGGCUCAAUGGGGCUGGGCAUUCAAAACUUGAAUUCUGUUAGACAGAAUGGCAAUCCUAAUAUAUUUGGCGGCAGCAAUGCAGCAGCACAAGCCAGGGGCAUGCAACAGCCUCCAGCACAACCUCUUAACUCAUCUCAGCCUAAUCUCCGCGCUCAAGUGCCUCCUCCAUUAUUAUCCCCUCAGGUUCCAGCAUCAUUACUGAAGUAUGCAACAGCUAAUGGGAGCCUAAACACUGCACUAUUAAAUUUUGGCCCCCAGCAGGUAGCCAUGCUGAACCAGCUCUCCCAGUUGAACCAACUGUCUCAACUUUCACAGAUCUCCCAGCUACAGCGACUGCUGCUUCAGCAACAGAAGGCACAGAAUCAGAGGAAUGUGCCAGGACCCAUGCGUCAGUCUCAAGAACAGGCUGCUCGUGUGCUCAACAUGCAACAGAUGCUGCAACACCCCCGUCAACUGGAAACAAGCCUUCUGAAGCAGCAGCCUCCACCACCGCAUCAGCCCUCCAUGAAGCCUUUCCCGGAGAACCUCAUGCCCCCCACCCCACAUGAGCUGCAAACGAAAGAGCCGCCUUCGCUCAACACAUACAGCAGCUACCCUUUAGGUGGGUUUCCACAACCCAGUCCAGGUCAAUCUGAUCCCACAGUAUCGCAAGCUGCUCACCUUUCCCCGAUGCCCUCUCAAUAUCCUAUGCCCAAAAUGUUUCUUCCUGACAACAGCCCUAACCACAACCUCCUCAGCCCUCCACUGUGUAAUGCAAGCAACCACAUACCAGGCUCACCCAUCCAUCAACAUGCAGGAAGGAAGCCUGCCACUCAAGAAAGGUCUUUGUCAAGAGGCUUGAAUCCAAACUUGAAUGUACCCCUGGAUUUCGGCAGUAUUGUUAACCUGAAAGAGCCACAAUCCCAACAAUCCCGACUGAAGCAAUGGACUGCUUCAGAGAACCUUCCUGUUAAUUCCUCUCUAGAUCAAAACUCCAGCAAACAUGGUGCUACUUCAAGUGGUCUUAGUAUUUGUUCUGGCAAGUUGCUUGAAGAAUCUCCUUUUGGUCACUUUGACAUUUCCAUGAACUCUCUGGCCAGUCCUCCUGGAUCUAUUGGAGAUGGCUGGCCAAGUGCCAAAUCACCCAGUGAUAAGCUCUCUAGCAAUGUUAACUGGCCACCAGAGUUUCGUCCUGGUGAGCCUUGGAAAGGUUAUCAAAACAUUGACCCUGAAACUGACCCUUACGUCACUCCUGGCAGUGUGAUGACAAGUCUAUCGAUCUCUACUGCCCGGGAUCUUGACCUCCUCAGGGACAGGAAUAAUGGGUCGUCCUCAUCUAUGAACACCACGCUGCCUUCAACUAGUGCCUGGUCCCUUGUUGGUGCCUCCAGCUACAAUAGUUCCCUCAGCAGUACAGCACAAAGCACUCCAGCCAGAAUCGGUGACCCCAAAUCCACUUGGUCUCCUGGUCCAGUUACCAAUGCUUCCCUUGCUCAUGAGCUGUGGAAAGUCCCCCUGCCCCCCAAAAACACUACUGCUCCAUCCCGUCCACCACCAGGGUUGACUAAUCAGAAGCCUUCGUCCUCGUGGGGAAAUAGCUCGCUGCGUGUGGGCGGAGGAUGGGGGACUUCAGAGUCCAGAUACAAUCCUGGUCCAAGCUGGGGUGACAUCAGCUCAGGGAGAAUAACCAAUUGGCUUGUUCUCAAGAACCUCACGCCUCAGAUUGACGGCUCUACUUUGCGUACACUGUGCAUGCAGCACGGCCCACUAAUAACAUUCCACCUUAACCUGCCCCAUGGAAACGCUUUGGUCUGUUACAGUUCGAAGGAAGAGGCAGCCAAGGCACAGAAAUCUCUACACAUGUGUGUUUUAGGGAACACUACCAUUCUUGCUGAGUUUGCCAGUGAAGACGAGAUUAAUCGCUUCUUUGCACAAGGCCAGUCGCUGACCCCCUCUCUGGGCUGGCAAUCUCUGGGAUCCAGCCAGAACCGUAUCGCAUCCAUUGAAAGUUCCCACCCAUUCUCAAAUCGCAAUGAUCUCAAUCACUGGAAUGGUGCUGGGUUGUCUGGAACAGGUAGUGGAGACCUCCAUGGCACUUCACUCUGGGGUACCCCCAAUUAUUCCACAAGCCUGUGGGGAACCCCAAGCAGCAAUGACACGCGGGGAAUCGGCAGCCCCUCCCCCAUCAAUGCUUUCCUCCCUGUUGACCACCUUGGAAGUGGAGAGUCCAUCUGAACUUUACUCAUGACUCAAACUGUGACCUCUACAUGAAAAGCAGCACUAAUCGGACUUUUCACCUACAACGUGAGAGAAAUGGGGAAAAAGGGGUCACCUGUGGAAAUGUUCCGUUCUGCACCUUUAUUUCCACUUUCUUUUAGCCCAGAACAUAUCAGUUUUAAUACUUGAAUCAUGCAGGCCAAUAGUUAAAAAAAAAUGUGAAAAGUAUAUAUUUAUACUUCCAGAUAGUGCUAUCCAUUUAAAAGAAAAGAAACUGCUUCAAAUGAGCUAGUUUGUGUGCACUCAUCAUGUUUGUUCCUUAAAUUCCAAAACUUUGAGUUGGCUGAUGGGAGCGUGAGCUGUUAAUCUGCACUGAGUACUGUCUCCCUGUCCAAUUGGCAAUAGGGCGGGGUGGGGGGGGAGAGGGUAGUUCAAGUGUAAAUGUUUACUCAAGGAUGUUCUUUUAGCAAGGAAAAAAACGGACAAAGUGUGCUCUUUAAUAUGCCUUGACAUGUACUUAAUGUGGUAUUGUAGAGCAAGGUCAAGUUAUCAUACUGACUUUGCAGUUUCAAAAAGUAUUGCACCAACUUGUUUCUUUUGAAAACGUUUUAAUAUGAUAAAAUGAAAACCUAAAGAAUUUAAUCUCUACAGUGUGACACUGUGGGCAGCAGCUGUGACUUGCAACCCCACCCUGCAAGCCAGGAGGGUACAGCACUUUCAAUAGAGCUUUCAUUUUUUUUUUGGAGGUGCCCUGGUCGUGCCCUCUUGUUUACAGACUUUCGAGGGGAAAUGUUUACUCUUCCAUCAUUCAUAAAAAUAAAAAAAAAAAUUAAAAAAAAAUUAAAAAUUAAAAAAAAUUGCGGAUGAAGAUGUUCUAUCUCUGGGAAUAUUGAACAGUGUUUUGACCAUGUUCUUUUUUUUUCUAUUCCUCUAUAUCCUGAAACGAGAGAGAGCAUGGUUCUCAGGAAAUAGUUCCCCCCCUCCCCGCCUCUGACACAGUAGAAACUCCUGGUAGAUUUGUGUAGGAAAUCCCCAACUUUAGCACUGAAUUAAACUGCUCUGUAAAAGUUACUUUUUUUUUGCCAAGUUAAACUGCUUCAAGCUGGAGUUUCCAGUCAUUGCUUUGAAAUUGCUGUCUUUUUAUAGUGAGUGAACGUGAUAUGUCGUAGUAUAUAUAUUUUAUUUUUUCCCUCCUUUAUAUUCCCAUUAUUGAGUGGCUAAAUGUAUUUUGCUAUUGUGACUGUCCAAUGACUGUUGUACUUAAAAAGAGAAACUGGCUGAGAUCUGUAACUAUGCAUACUGUAACCAGCUCUGGUGGUUUACAGAAUCAUACCGUUCAUCUGUAAGAGGGCGUUUUUAAUGUAAAAAUUUGCAUAUAAGAGUCCUACAGAAAACAAAUUACUUUACACUUUUUUUGUUUUGUUUUUUGCCACUAAAUGUAUUCAUUUGUGCUUGUACAGAGAGCAGAGAAACCAGGACACAAUUUUAACACUGCAGACAAUGCCACCAUUUCAUUGCCUUCAUUAUAACUGUCUGUUGAAAGAUGCAAACAAGUCAGUGGCUUUUUAACUGUUUACAAAUAGAAUGUGAUUGUAAAAUGUAUAAUUUGGUUGUGUUGAAUUAUGAAGUUACUUCAAAUAUUAAUAAAUCAUGACUUUUUUUGGCUGCUCAGCA